UAGAAACCACAAAACAUACGUACGUAUGUUGGAAGUGUUCACAUGCUUCAAAAAUGUGCUGUAGCUCAGCUACUCUUAACCACUAGAAAUUGUGGAGACGAUGACAAAGCCAGUAAAACAGAGUCCUUACAGUGCUAAAUAUAACCCCAAUCAUACAUGCACUGUCAUGCUACUAUUUCUCUGCUGCAAAUCCUAAAGGAGAAAAAUCUCUCUCUCUCUCUCUCUCUCUCUCUCUCUGCUGAAAGAUGGUUUUGAUAUCAAGGGAUGGUGAGAAAGAAGGUGCAAGUGAUGGAGCUGUGGUGGAUUUUAGAGGGAAUCCUGUGGACAAGUCCAAAACUGGUGGAUGGCUUGCUGCAGGGCUUAUUUUGGGAAUUGAACUGGCUGAGAGGAUCUGUGUGAUGGGCAUAUCUAUGAAUCUAGUAACUUACUUGGUUGGAAAUUUGCAUAUAUCUUCUGCAAAAUCUGCAACCAUAGUGACCAAUUUCAUGGGCACUUUGAACCUCCUUGGCCUCCUUGGUGGGUUUCUAGCAGAUGCUAAACUGGGAAGGUACUGGACUGUCGCCCUUUCUGCAACAAUAACUGGUCUGGGGAUAAUUUUGUUGACAUUGGCAACAUCCAUUCCUAGCAUGAGACCACCUCCAUGUGAUGACUACAGAGAGCAACAUCAUGAAUGUAUUGAGGCCAAUGGAAAGCAAUUAGCUCUGCUCUAUGCUGCUUUAUAUACUACAGCACUAGGUGGUGGUGGUAUAAAAUCCAAUGUCUCAGGUUUUGGGUCUGAUCAAUUUGAUGGCAGAGACCCCAGGGAAGAGAAGUCCAUGAUCUUCUUCUUCAACAGGUUCUACUUUGGCAUUAGCAUUGGCUCUCUGUUUGCUGUUAUUGUGCUGGUGUAUGUACAAGAUAAUGUCGGCAGGGGGUUGGGUUAUGGAAUAUCGGCAGGGGGGAUGAUCAUCGCACUUGUUGUGUUGCUCUCCGGGACGCCAUUUUAUAGAUUCCAUAAGCCUCAAGGCAGCCCUUUAACUGUCAUAUGGAGGGUGAUAUUUUUGGCUUGGAAGAAGAGGGCUUAUCCUUGUCCAGAUCGUCCAAGCCUUUUGAAUGAAUACCAAGAAGCCAAGAUCCCCCACACACAGAGGCUCAAGUGUCUAGACAAAGCUGCAAUCCUAGAUGAAUAUGCUUCUGCUGAAGGAAACAGAAGCAACCCAUGGAUAGUAUCCACAGUGAACCAAGUUGAAGAGGUGAAACUGGUUUUCAAGCUCAUGCCAGUCUGGUCGACAUGUAUUCUCUUUUGGACAGUCUACUCUCAAAUGACUACCUUCACCAUUGAACAAGCCACCUUCAUGAACCGAAAAAUAGGCUCCUUUGUUAUCCCUUCGGGUUCUUUCUCAGCCUUUCUCUUCAUCACCAUUCUCCUGUUUACUUCCUUAAACGAGAAACUCUUUGUCCCCCUUGCUCGAAAACUCACCAACACCGCCCAAGGAAUAACAAGCCUUCAGAGGAUUGGAAUUGGACUCGUUUUAUCAAUGGCUGCUAUGAUUGCUGCAGCAAUAGUAGAGAAACAAAGAAGGGAAUUCGCUGUUCACCAAAAUACCAAAAUAAGUGCUUUCUGGCUUGUCCUACAAUACUUCCUAGUGGGUGCUGGAGAAGCUUUUGUCUAUGUUGGACAACUUGAAUUUUUCAUCAGAGAGGCACCGGACAGGAUGAAGUCCAUGAGCACAGGGCUUUUCUUAAGCACCAUCUCAAUGGGGUUCUUUGUUAGCACUCUGUUGGUGACUGUGGUGGACAAAGUGACUAAGAAGAGCUGGCUGAGGAGUAACUUGAACAAGGGAAGGGUGGAUUACUUCUACUUGCUGCUUGCAGUGCUCGGAGCUUUAAAUUUCUUAGUGUUUCUUGCCUUUGCAAUGAGACACCAGUACAAAGGCCAGCAGCACAUUAGCCCUAACGAUAGUGUCAAAAAGGAGCAUAAGAACUCAAAUGGCAUAAGAGUUGAAGAGAUGGCAGAGAUGAUAAGAAUUGAGGCAAAGGAAGGACCCUAGAACGUAUGCUUCCAAAAGGAUCUUGUGUAAUGCUGGUUCUAAACAACUAGAAAAUAAAAAGAAAAAAGAAGAUAAUUUGUAUCAUGCUUAUUUAUCCCUAUUAGAUAUUUAAUCCUUUUUUGGUCUGCA